AUGCUUCGCAUCAAGAUCGAUGGUGAACAAGAACAAGGAACUUUACUAAUCGAUACUUUAAAAUUAUCUGAACAAAAAUCAAGUCCUAAAGUUUUAAUAAAAAAAGAUGUAACAACACUUCAUUUAGAUAAUCGUGAGAUUCGUAGCAUUCCAUCACUUGAGAUAUUUCCGAAAUUAGUUUGUCUUUCAAUUGAUGGAAAUCAUCUACAAGAUUUAGGAUUUAUUAAGAAAAAUUACACAUUAGCAGAACUUUAUGCUGGAAAUAAUCAUAUUUCAACUGUUAAAGGAUCAUUAAGUCAAUUGACUAAUUUACGUGUACUUCACUUACAAAAUAAUCAAAUAUCAAAUAUCAACCAUCUUGCUCAUGAAUUACGACACUUAAGUGCACUUGAAGAUCUUAAUUUAUUUGAUAAUCCAAUAACUUUUGUUCGUGGUUAUAAAUCAACAAUGAUUGAUUUAUUUCCGAAAUUACGAAUUCUUGAUCGAAAAACUAUUUCGAAUACAGAUCGUGCUCGAGCAUUUACUGAUCGUCAUCCAGAUCGACAGGAAAUCUUUAAUCGUUUUGGAUUUACUUUUCAUAUUGAACCAAAACAAGAACAAACUUCAUCAGGAAAACGAUUACGAUCUUCACCUAUCGUAUCAAAUUUACCAAUAAAAGAAACCAAUCGAAAUCCUAAAUCUCAAGAACAAUUAUUAAAUGAAGCUGUACGUAAUCGAGCAUUACGACGAAGUUUAACUGAAUAUUCACAAUUUGAUUGGAGUAAAGUUCCAACAGGUGCCGAAAGACGUAAAAUGGAUGCGGAUAAUGCAGUCACACAACCCGAUGUUGUUUCUAUUUUCUUUCAAUAA